CACAUUUAUAUUUUAUGUGUUCAUUAAUGUGCAUUGUAUCAUGUCACAAAGCUAUAACAAAUGGCAACUUACUAUGAGGAGUUUUAUUGUACAUCUAUAAACAGGCUUAUUGGUGUGUCUAGUGUCAGGACGUGGACUACGGAGUGGUUGUUUUCCCGAGAUGCAAGUGAACUUGGACUGGACACGGCGUGAAGAACUGUGGUUCAGGGGGGUCCAGAUGGCAGGCAUGAGGGGCCCGGCCUGCACUGGAGUUUGGCUCUAGAGUCCACUGAGGCUCCCACUUUAACUGGACACAUUCCACAGGACGUGUGCCCAUGAGGUCGUCACCACUGGUCCUGGUCCUCCUGAUUGGCGUCCAGGCUGUACUAAACAUGGGCGGUGGACUGGCCCAGAGUGCUGGGUUAGCCAACCACAAAGCAGGACAGCAUCAGCAGUCCACAGCGUCAGGGGACCAGCAUGCUGAACAUCACAGGACCAAGAGGCCUCAUCGGGCCGGCUCAUACACACCUGAUCCCUCCAUCCCCGUGGUGGACCCCAAGCUCUUCUCCAAGAGACGCUACCGCUCAUCGCCCCGUGUCGUCUUCAGCGAGGUGCCACCCUCCCAUGACGCCCUGGAGAGCGAGGGCCAUGACUCUGAAGGGGUGAGGGGGAUAAGGGUGAGGCGCAAAGUGGGGUCGCACACCAUGCGCAGAGGAGAGUACUCAGUCUGUGAGAGCAAUAACAGCUGGAAGGGCGACAUGACCCGCGCCACAGACAUUGCUGGGAAUGAGGUGACCGUGCUGCCCAAUGUCACAAUCAACAAUGUGGUGAAGCGGCAGUGGUUUUGGGAGACCAUCUGCCUAACCCCAACGCACAGGGGCUCUGGAACAGCAAACGGGGGACGGGCGGGAGGAAGGAUGGGGGGACGGAGCGGCAAACAGGGCUCCAAAUCGGGCAACUCGGGCUGUCUCGGCAUCGACAGUCGCCACUGGAACUCCUACUGCACCAACUCACACAUAUUUGUAAGCGCCCUAACCAUCUUCAACGAACGGACAGCCUGGCGUUACAUCCGCAUCAACGCCGCGUGUGUGUGCGUGAUCAGCAGGAAGUCUUGGGCGGGACACUGACUGGGGAGAAAGACAGCCGUGCCCUACCCAAAUAUGAACCAAUGACACGUUUCUUGGCCACGACAGCUUUUUUGCCAAUACUGUAACCCUUGUUCCCAGUCUACACGCACACACACACACACACACACACACACACACACACGCACACACACACACACACACACAGUUUCCUCGUUCCAGCCCGGUGCCCGCCCUUCACCCUACCUCAGUCCGAGAAGUCCUGGUUGUUUUAAAUUAAAAGAAUUGCAUGUUAUAUUUAUGGUUUAAACAGUCAAAUAUGAAAAUAUACAGUAUGUGUACAUAUUUGAACUCAAGAUUUUAUUGUUGUUAUAUGUUGUUUUGUUGUUGUUUUUGUUAUUUAUUCAACACAUCUGUACUUGCCUGGUUUGUUUUAUCAAUUUUUUGAAUAUGCACAUUUAGAAUUUUUACAUGAACGAUGGAUAAAAAUGACCAACUUGACAGCUUUAUUAUUGACUUCCUGGCCUUUCUUUUGGUUCAGCACGGGCAUGAAGUUGUUGUUUGUUGAGUAUGGUUUUAUGCUAGCUCAC